UCCACUGCAGCUGCAGCUCCGUCAGACGCUCUACAAUGAAGGAAGAAGACUUCAGACUGAAUUAGCUGAACUGUCCUGGCCCAAUCUUGUAUUUGCAACCAUGGAGGACGACUGGGUUGAUCUUUACGCUGCAGAAGGAGAAGAGACUGGGACUAAAGAGGAGACGGUCACCUCAAGUGCAAAGGGUUCCAAACUGGAGAGAUUUCUGGAAGAUGUCAAACUAAAGCAUCACUACAAAGAGAAACUGUCCAUGAGCACAAUUCUGCAGAUUGAUACCAAGGCUAUGACUGACAAACCUGUCAAUUCAAAGACAGAUGUGGCCUGGUAUUUUCUAAAGAGACUUAUGAUGGCAAAUGUAACAGCGAGAAAAAUGGCAUAUGCCUCAGUGAGUGACCCGGACAGUGCUAAAUCAAGUACAGAGUUAAACUUUGAUGAUCUGCUCGCUAGUUCAAACUCGGACACGCUGAACCCUCUUGACAUAAUAACAGCCUUGUUUCUGUGCUCUGAUGGUUUUGUGCAGCAGGAGCUGUCACUCAAAAUGUCAAUGUGUCAGUUUGCUGUUCCUCUGCUGCUUCCAAACUGUGACACAAACCAGUGCACACUGAUGCUGUGGGCCUUAAGAGACAUCGUGAAAAAGUACAGGCCUAAAUCUCUCUCUGAGUCCAAGGGCUUCAGAGAAGAACGCAUCGUUCACUCUGAAAUUCCAAUGAUCUCCUUUGUGAGACUUGGUGAGUGCUCUUUGUCCAAAUCUGAGAUUCUCAAUAAGCUCCUGAGCAAUUCUCAGCAAUAUCAUGACACCUUUGUGCACCACAACAUGCAGUGUGGUGACUGCCCAAGAACUAUCUCCAAUGGACUGGCUGAAAUUACUUGGUACCUUCCCUGUGGAAACAAGAACAUUGACAUUUUUGAUGAGCCAGUGGCAGUAGUUAAUCUUCAUGGGGAUAUUGCCUGUUUUGAAACACAGUACGCUUUAUUGUGUCAAGUGUCUUCAGCGGUUUUUGUAUUUUUUGACAAUUUUAAUUUAGAUUACAGCCUUCUCAGAAAAACACCCCAAAAAGACAAGAUUCACUUAGUGGUUGACCAGAAAAACAGACAUUUUAAUUUAGAAAUGCUGAAAAUAGUAGCCACAAAGUUGAGUUUGAAUAAGAGUCGAAUAAUUGUAAAGACAAAAACAAAAAAUGAUGCAGACUUUGUCGAUGACUUACGUGAGUCUCUCACCAGCGUAAUUGAGAAGACCACAACUAAAACGGCAAUAGAACAAAUUGCUGGCAUUGCACUUAAUUUGGGAAUAAAUGUUGAUGAAGACAAAGAUGAAUGUCAGAGAGCCAAAGAAAAUGCAAAUGCAUUAUCUGGCAACAUUAAUGACAUAGUUAAGUUCAAAGCAAAGCAGCUCCCCCUGCAGGGACAAACCUGGAAGGAUCUAACAUCACUUGAAAAGGAGGAGUUUAGGCUUAGGAAAGUUGGAACUCAAAGCAUUGAGCAUUACAAAAGUACCCUCCGUGUGCAAAAAGAAAAACUUAGGGCAAAACAGAAUUCACAUGACAUGAGUAAUGCAAUGCUCUGCUUCAUUAAUGCAAUAUCCAGCCCUGGCAUAGAGAGGUCCUUCUUCUUAAAAUGGCUACGGAUAAAUCUUGAUAACCUGUCUCAUGACAAGCUGUCAGACCUCAGAGAGCAAUAUAAAAGAAAAUGCAAUGAUCCAGAGAACAAAGAAGAGAUUAAAGAAAUUGACAAGCAACUCUCCAAUAGUUCACUGGGAACUGAACAUUUCUUCCGUGAAAUGGGCCAAAUCUAUGAGGCAUCAGUGUCUCUUCCAGAAAAUGACCCUUCACGCCAACAGUUACAGCAUCUCCCCAGACUCUGUGCACAGCUGCUGCUUGAUGGCUUUCCUCUGGAGCUGGUGGAUGGAGAUGCCUCUAACAUCCCUCUCAGAUGGGUGAGUGAUGUUCUGGCCCAGCUCCAUGACCUGGUGUCUCCAAACAACAAGAUUCUGGUGGUCACAGUUCUCGGAGUUCAGAGCACAGGGAAGUCCACUCUCCUCAACACCAUGUUUGGAGUGCAGUUUGCUGUGAGCAGUGGCCGAUGCACUAGAGGAGCCUUUAUGUUACUCAUCAGAAUCAGUGAAGAUCUGAAAGCAAGUCUCAAGUGUGACUUCAUAGUGAUCAUUGACACUGAGGGCCUCAAGUCUCCAGAGCUCGCUCAACUGGACGAUAGCCAUGAGCAUGACAACGAGUUAGCAACCCUUGUGGUUGGAUUGAGUGACAUCACUAUUAUCAACAUCGCUAUGGAGAAUUCUACAGAAAUGAAAGACAUCCUGCAGAUAGUUGUGCAUGCUUUUCUGCGAAUGAAAGAAGUGGGCAAAAAACCCAAAUGUCAGUUUGUUCACCAGAACGUGUCAGAUGUUUCAGCUCACGACAAGAACCUGAGAGACAGAAAACUGCUCCUGCAGCAGUUAAACGAGAUGACUCAGGCUGCAGCCAAAAUGGAGAGAAAAGAGAAGUACAAGAGUUUUACUGAUGUGAUGGACUACGAUCCUGACACUGGAAACUGGUACAUCCCUGGACUGUGGAACGGAAACCCCCCAAUGGCCCCAGUCAAUGCAGGAUACAGUGAAGCUGUCUAUGAACUCAAGAAAAAUGUCAUGCACAUUUUAGAGAAUCGUGCAACACCUGCGAAUAAUAUUGUGGAGUUCCGUGAGUGGAUCACAAGUCUGUGGAAUGCAGUGAAACAUGAAAACUUCAUCUUCAGUUUCAGAAACAGCCUAGUGGCUGAUGCCUACAUGAGACUGUGCACCGAAUACAACAAAUGGGAAUGGGAGUUUAAGAAAGCCAUGCAUGUGUGGAGUGCAAAUGCUGAAACAAGAAUAAAAAAUGCCUCUCAGGAACAUGAGGAUAUUGAAAAACUCCUCACUGAUUUAAAAAAUCUAGCAUGUACAGAGCUAACAAUGUGGGAAACCAAACUUCUAAAUAACCUGUCAGAGUACUUCAAAGAAAAAGAUGGCCAUGUUUAUCUAGUUGAACAGUACAAACAGGAGUUUGAAAACUGCAUUAAAAGUCUUGGAAAUGUAUUACAAAAUACAGUAUUAACUGAGCUUGGGGCUGCUGCAAGCGUGAUACAUGGACAGGCAGAGUUGGACAGAGUAAAGGAGAAACACACAAAAGAAAUAGAAGACAGGGUUUGUAAACUGAUUAAAAACUGCAGAAAGAGACGUGCCAAGAUGACAGAGAAAGAACUAGACAGAGAAUUUGAUCAGAUGUGGGAGAAAACACUAAAUGAACUUAAAUUCUGUAAACUGAAGCCUGUAGAUAUAUUUAGCAAUGUGGAAUAUCAUCUCAGACAGAACCUGAAGGACAAAGGCUGUACAUAUGAAGAAUUAAGCAAAAAGAGUCUAGAAAAAUGUGGACUGGAACCAUAUGAAUACACUGUUGAAGGAAAGUUCAAACAAAUUAAACACCAGUUUUGUAAAUUUGUCAAUUAUGACGAUUAUGUGACAAGAGCACAAAAGUUGUCAAAAAGAAUCAUUGCUGACUGUCAACAGCUUGUCACUGAUAAAGUUGAUCGAAAAAAUAAUUAUCAUGACACCCACAUCCAAGAGAUAUUACACUACAUAGAUGACAGUCUGCAUGAAGAGAAAAUGGAGAAGGACUUUGAGAUUUCUCUGAAGCAGCACAUCUGUGCAAACGCAGCCAGACAGUUUCAAAAAAUGAAUAAUGAUUUUCUUAGUGAAAAUGAUCCUUACCGUUGUUUAAACAAAAACAAAGACAAGUUCUGUGCUGAUUUCAAGGACUUGUUUAAUGAACGAGACCAGUGUCAAAAAAAAGCAGAAGAAUUUACUGAGCAAUGUCUGAGAGGUGCUGUUGAAGACUUCAUCAAACGCUCUUUGGGUCUUGAUAUCAUUGAUGAAAUGCUGAAAUGUCAUGAGUUCAGCACACGAGUAGUUUUUCAAUACACUAUCCUAGAGGAUCUGCUUGAAAAGGAGAGCUUUGAUGACUAUCUAGAAUACACUAGAGCCUAUGAGAACUAUGUGAAAGAAUGGAUUCUCAAUAAGAUAUAUUCACGUUCAUCAGCUGUAUUUGAGUUUGAGAAACAGCACAUUCAGUCUUGUGUCCUCAGCAUAAAUGAAGCAGUGAACAAGGCAAAGGAAGGAACAAGUGAAAAUAUUCAGAUAUUUGUUAAAGACAUCUGUAAAGAGCUUAAGGACAAAUUUUCCAUUUCAAAGGAGGCUCUUGAUACUUUCAUGGUUCUCAACAAUGCCGACAAGGAAUCAUUUGCUCGUUGGCUGAUAGAAAGUGUCAACGAGAUGGGACAGUCCCUUCCAAACAAAUUAAAAACAGACAUCAAAACAAAACUGAGAAGUCUUCAUGUGAAGCCUCAGAAUGUACUUUUUGACAGAGUGAUUGGCUGUGGUAAACAAUGCCCCUUCUGUCACUCUCCAUGUGAUGCUGGUGGAAGUGCCCAUACUGAGCACUGGGCCUCACUGCAUCGCUCUCGUGCUCUUGGUGGUCGCACAUGGGAAGAUUCUAAGAAACUUAUCACUGAUAUAUGCUCAUCAGCAGUGGACAGUGACAUACGUUUUAAAAGUGCUGCCACAAAUUAUGAGUGGCACCCUUAUAAAACAUACAGAGAAAUCUAUCCUGACUGGAAAAUAGCUUCUGACCCCAGCCUUGAGGCAUCAGACUACUGGAAGUAUGUCUUGGUAAAAUUCAAUGACAAGUUUGCAGAAGCAUACAAAGCAGAGCCUGCAGAUAUCCCACAAACAUGGAGGUCAAUUGACAAGGAGAUGGCCAGAGAAAGUAUCAGAAAAGCAUUUGCAAUACCCAAGUAUGCUAUAAAGUUGAAGAAAGAUUUUUCUAUUCUUAAGAGGUUGGCCCAACAAAGAAUUUGUGUAACCAAAUAGUUCUUAUUGUACAGGAUUCGUUGUACUUUUGUCUUUCAAGGACUUUAAUGAUCCAUCAGUUAACAGGCUCAUCACCAGGAGUUUUUGUUGUAAACACACACAGAUGUAAUUACUGGUGUUAUCAGAUUAUUCUAGUUAUGUGUUUUAGUUUUUUUGUUUUUUUUCUAUUCAUAUAAUUGUAGUGUCUGUUAUACUGUUUAAAUAUCAUAAUUAUAUUUUUGUUUAAGUUUAAUGAUUGUUUUGCAUGAAUCAUUUAUUAAUGUUGCCAAAUUCUGAUUUAACUGUGUAAUAAUGUCUGCAUCUCCUGAACCAAGUAUGUUUGUGUCAUCAGCAAAUAAAAUGUAUUUGAGCAGUUUA